AUGGCAAUGAGUGUGGGUGCACUUACUCAUCCCAAUCACAUUUCAAAACAAAUGGAUAUCAUGUGGCAUGCUAAUUGUUACAAGCAAUUUUCCUCGGCCAUUUUCUUUCCUUCAACAAAGAGAACUAGAUUCCGAGCGAUGAGUAAGAAGAGGGCGGCAUUUGCAGAGAUAGUUUGUUGCAAGUUCUCCGCUGCAGUUGAUGUAGAGAAACCUGCAGCAGCGACGAUGUUGGAACUCACUGCGCUGGUGACUGUUCGGAAAAGUCAGAAAAAGAUCAUAAAUGUCAUGGACAUGAUGCUUCAUUGGUUUGACAAUCAUGCUCUUGAUCGUCAUAAUCAAGAGGGUGUUGUUCUAAAGCUUGUUAGUACUGAAACUGAAUCAAAUCGGAUGUCGCCAAAGCGGAGCGAUGAAGCUAGAUUGGUUUGGACAAAGAACCUAAAGAUGGGCUCUGAUCAGAAGAGCGUUUACGAAGUCAAAUUUAUGGUGGAUCCAAAAUUUGGGAUGCCAGGAGCCAUCACGGUGAGCAAUGGAUAUGAAAACGAGUUCUACUUAGAAAGCGUCAACAUUGAAGGUGUUGUUGAUUUUCCGUGCAAUUCUUGGGUUCAACCACAGAAGGUGAUGUCUGUACAAAGAAUCUUCUUCUCUUCUAAGGCAUACUUACCUGGUGAGACACCAGAAGGGUUGAAAGAGCUAAGAGAAAUGGAGCUAAGGCAGCUAAGAGGUGAUGGGAGAGGACUUAGAAUACCGUCCGAUAGAAUAUACAACUACGACACAUACAACGACAUUGGAAAUCCAGAUAAGGGAAUUGAAUUCGUAAGACCGACUCUUGGAGGCAACAAGAAUCCACACCCUAGACGUUGUCGAACUGGCCGCCCUCCGACCAAGACAGACGAGAAUAUGGAGUCACCAGUGAACGAAUCCACGACAAUUUAUGUGCCUAGAGACGAGGAGUUUGAGGAGGCCAAGCAAGAAGCUCUUGAAGUUGGAAAGUUGAAGGGUAUUCUAAGGCAUAUAAUACCUACAGUAACAACCAUUGUUAGGGACAGUAAAUUUUUCAAGGGCUACUCAGACAUCAACGGUCUGUAUAGCGAGUCGUCUUUGCUUGAAAACAAGAAACGAAAGAUGAAGCUUCCGUUGGCAAAGAUUUUUACCAAAGUCCAAGAGAACCUCAAAUUUGACCCUCCAAAAUUAAUCUCAAGGGAUACAUCAUCUUGUUUAAGAGACGACGAAUUCGGGCGUCAAGCAGUUGCAGGCAUAAACCCUCUGAGCAUAGAAAGGCUUACAGUUUUCCCACCCGUAAGCAAACUUGAUUCAUCCAUCUAUGGCUCACAAGAGUCAGCACUCGAGGAGGAACAUUUAAUAGGCCAUCUUGAUGGAAUGUCCGUACAACAGGCAUUGGAAGAAAACAAGCUGUUCAUAUUAGACUAUCAUGACAUGUUUCUUCCAUUUCUCAACCAAAUAAAUACUUUGGAUGACCGAAAAGCUUAUGGAACACGUACAAUUUUGUUCUUGACCUCAUUGGGAACUUUAAAGCCAAUUGCUAUUGAGCUCAGUUUGCCUCCAACAAAGUCAGGUUCAGCGUCCAAUAAGCAGGUUCUCACACCUCCAGUUGAUGCUACAGCAUAUUGGCUUUGGCAACUAGGAAAAGCCCAUGUCUGCUCCAAUGAUGCCGGUGUUCAUCAACUAAUUCAUCAUUGGUUACGCGUUCAUGCAUGCAUGGAACCACUUAUAAUAGCAGCUCAUCGCCAUUUGAGUGUAAUGCACCCAAUCUACAAGCUCCUCAAACCUCACAUGCGAUACACCUUGAAGGUAAAUGCAUUGGCUCGUCAGGAGCUCAUCAACGCUGGAGGCAUCAUCGAGUCUAAUUUCACUCCUGGCAAAUAUUCCAUGGAGUUUAGUUGUGCGGCUUAUCGAGAAUGGUGGCGCUUUGACCUUGAAGGCCUUCCGGCAGAUCUCAUUAGAAGAGGAGUAGCAAUACCAGACCCAACUCAACCCCAUGGGCUAAGACUACUAAUUGAAGACUACCCGUAUGCAACAGAUGGACUCCUCAUAUGGUCAGCAAUUGAGAGAUUGGUUCAAACCUAUGUGAAUUACUACUACUCUGAUGCAAGUGUGGUUCAAUCAGACACAGAACUCCAUGCAUGGUACCACGAGUCAAUCAAUUUAGGGCAUGCAGAUCUUUCCCAUGCAAGCUGGUGGCCAAAACUCUCAACCCCAAAUGACCUAAUCGCAAUUCUCACCACCAUAAUUUGGAUCACAACCGCCCAACAUGCUGCCCUAAACUUUGGCCAGUAUCCAUACGGUGGUUAUGUCCCAACUCGCCCACCACACAUGAGAAGACUAGUGCCAAAUCAGCACGAUGAUCCCGAUGAGUACGCCAAUUUCAUAAGGGAACCACAGCAAUAUUUUCUGUCAUCAUUGCCUAGCUUUUUUGAAGCAACAAAGUAUAUGGCAGUUAUCGACAUCAUUUCUGCUCACUCGUCUGAUGAGGAGUAUAUUGGGGAAAGGAAGGAUUUAUUGUCGACGUGGUCAGCUGACACUGAGAUUGUUGAAGCAUUUUAUAGGUUUUCAAUGGAGAUGAAGAAAAUUGAGAAGGAUAUUGAAGGAAGAAAUGGUGAUUCAAAUCUGAGGAACAGAUGUGGGGCUGGGGUCUCACCAUAUGAGCUGCUCAUGCCAAGCUCGGAGCCUGGUGUUACAUGCAGAGGAGUUCCUAAUAGUAUAACAAUCUGA